UGGCGAGUGAAAGAGUGGGUGAGAGAAAGGGGGAACGUAAAACCAAGGAGGAAAAAAGCAGUAAGCCCAACAAAAGCGUCUGAGGAGACUAGAAGGACCCUGUGAGGUCAAUAUGAGUUUAGAGUGUAAUGGCUGCUGAGAGGUACGUGUGUGCAUCUGUGUGGAAGAACAAGAGUUGCAGCAUUUCACAUGUACACGCUUUUACGGUGCUUCAACUCUCUUACUUAUAGCUGCAAGUUAACGCGGAGACCGGACUGUCCGAUAAAUCUAGGAGUUUCUACGUGUGGUAAAAAAAAACAAGAAAGGACGGAACGAAAAAAGUUUCUUGGAUGCACAUGUUUGUUUGUUUUUUGCUGUUGUUGGUUGUUUUUUCCCCAAAAUAUUUUGGACGGAUUUAUGAACCCACUUCUGGAUUGUAACAUCGACUCAUUCCCCAUUCUGGCGAUGCUUCUCUAGUAAAAAGGAUCUGCGGUUUCACUGCAGUUGUUUACGCAUUUUUGUUGCCGUGCGGAAUUUGGAAUUUUAAACAACUUCAUACUUUUUUCCAUUUAAAAGAAUUCAAGAAGUGGGAAAAAGUUCCGUUCAUGUGGAUUAAGAAGUUGAGCGCUCCGGGCCGCAGCUGUGAUUGGAUUCUGACAGUGUGUUACAGUUCAUGAGCUGCCUCCUGCAGUUCAUGUUUGGGUGGAGGCCCGCAGAUGGGAUCAGUAUCAAGGGGGAGAUGGAGGAAAGGGGGACAGAGAGGCAUGUUUGCCAUUGACGCCAUGCCUGUCUGGCUAUGGUUUAUGGGGGCACUCCUUCUGCUGAGCGUGGCAUCAACUGCUCUGGCACGGCCACCUAUUGAGGAGGAAGAAGAGGAUGCCACAGUUGUUGAAGAGCCCCCCAUCAAAUCCAAGAGCUCAAAGGCCACUGUGUACUUGGUGCACCUGGGUGAAAAUAUAAAACUGACCUGCCCAUUGCCCAAGGCGGCUGCCAUCAAGUGGACCAAAGACGGCACGCUGCUUGUUCCUGACAACCACACACUUGUAGAGCAUGAGCGGAUACACAUCCGCCAUGCCACUCUGACUGACUCAGGGCUAUACACUUGCCACACCACCGGCUCUAAAGCCACUGAUGAGGUUUGCUUCAUCGUUAAUGUCACAGAUGCCAUCUCAUCCGGUGAUGAUCAGGACGAUGCAGAAUGGUCAGAUGAUGUUGGGGCAGAAGACGAACAGAUGCGGGCACCAAGCUGGAGAUUUCGAGACAAGAUGGAUAAAAAGUUUCUUGCUGUACCAGCUGCCAACACAGUGAAGUUUAAAUGUGCAGCAGUGGGAAAUCCAACACCAACCCUACACUGGCUUAAAAAUGGUGAACCAUUCAGACAAGAGGACCAUGAAGGUGGCUCCAAGGUUCAGUUUCAACACUGGACUUUGAUCAUGGAGAAUGUGGUUUCUUCUGAUAAGGGCAAUUACACUUGUGUGGUGGAGAACAAAUAUGGCUCCAUCAACCACACAUACACCCUGGAUGUAGUAGAGCCCCCCAACCAAUCCGAGACCUUGAAGGCCACUGUAUACUCGGUGCACCUGGGUGACAAUAUAAAACUGAACUGCCCAUUGCCCAAGUCCGCUGCCAUUGUGUGGACCAGAGACGGCACGCUACUUGUUCCUGACAACCACACACUUGUAGAGCAUGAACGGCUACACAUCCGCCAUGCCACUCUGAAUGACUCAGGGCUAUACACUUGCCACACCACCGACUCUAAAGCCACUGAUGAGGUUUGCUUCAGUGUUAAUGUCACAGAUGUCAUCUCAUACGGUGACGAUCAGGAUGAUACAGAGCGGCCAGAUGAUGUCGGAGCAGAAGACGAACAGAUGCGGGCACCACGUUGGAGAUUUCAAGACAAGAUGGAUAAAAGGCUUCAUGCUGUACCAGCAGCCAACACAGUAAAGUUUAAAUGUGCAGCAGUGGGGAAUCCAACACCAAACCUACACUGGCUUAAAAAUGGUAGACCAUUUAGACAAGAGGAUCGCAUGGGUGGUUACAAGGUGCGACUCCAGCACUGGACUUUGAUCAUGGAGAGUGUGGUUCCAUCUGAUAAGGGCAACUACACCUGCGUGGUGGAGAACAAAUAUGGCUCCAUCAACCACACAUACACCCUGGACGUAGUCGAACGCUCUCCUCAUCGACCCAUUCUCCAGGCAGGUCUGCCUGCCAAUGUCACUGUGCACGUGGGAGAAGAUGCUCGCUUUGUUUGUAAGGUGUACAGUGACGCCCAGCCACACAUCCAGUGGCUACAUCACAUGACCAUGAAUGGCAGCCAGUUGACUCCCAAUGGAGAUCCCUAUUUUCGAGUGGUAAAGACGGCAGGUGUAAACACUACGGAUAACGAGAUCGAGUCCCUUGUCCUGCCCAACGUCACUUUUAAGGAUGCGGGUGAAUAUACGUGCUUGGCGGGUAACUCUAUUGGGAUCUCCUAUCACUCUGCUUGGUUGACGGUUCUUCCAGCCGAGUCUACCCCUCAAGAGCCAGAUUACCCUCCUGAUUAUGUGGAGAUUGCUAUCUACUGCAUCGGUGUCUUUCUCAUUGCCUGCAUGGUGGGGAUCGUAGUCAUCUGCAGAAUGAGGACAACCAUCAAAAAGCCUGACUUUGGAGGCCAACCAGCUGUACACAAACUCACCAAACAGAUCCCCCUGCGCCGCCAGGUUUCAUCUGACUCAAGCUCCUCAAUGAGCUCCAGCACGCCACUGGUUAGAAUCAUGACCCGGAGGAGUUCAGACCACGAGCACAUCAUUCCCGAAUAUGAACUGCCCGAGGACCCUCGUUGGGAAUUUCCUAGAGACAAGUUGACGCUGGGCAAGCCACUAGGUGAAGGGUGCUUUGGGCAGGUAGUAAUGGCAGAGGCACUGGGAAUCGACAAGGACAAACCCAAAGAGGCUGUGACAGUGGCAGUCAAAAUGCUAAAAGAUGAUGCCACAGAGAAGGACCUAUCUGAUCUAGUGUCAGAGAUGGAGAUGAUGAAGAUGAUUGGUCGACACAAGAACAUCAUUAACUUGUUAGGAGCAUGCACACAGGAUGGUCCUCUGUACGUGAUUGUUGAAUACGCAUCUAAAGGAAACCUGAGAGAGUAUUUAAGAGCCAGACGGCCUAUUGGGAUGGAAUACUCCUACGACAUAGCUCGUGUCUCUGAAGAACCUCUCACGUUUAAAGAUUUGGUCUCAUGCACUUACCAAGUGGCACGUGGUAUGGAGUACCUGGCUUCUCAAAAGUGUAUACACAGAGACCUAGCUGCCAGAAAUGUUCUGGUCACGGAGAGCAAUGUGAUGAAGAUUGCAGACUUCGGCUUGGCCAGGGACGUUCACAACAUUGAUUACUAUAAAAAGACCACAAAUGGUCGUUUGCCGGUGAAGUGGAUGGCUCCUGAGGCUCUGUUUGAUCGUGUCUACACACACCAGAGUGAUGUUUGGUCAUUCGGAGUACUUAUGUGGGAGAUCUUCACGUUGGGUGGCUCACCAUACCCCGGAAUUCCUGUGGAAGAGCUAUUUAAACUCCUAAAAGAGGGUCAUCGCAUGGACAAACCAGCCAACUGUACCAAUGACCUGUACAUGAUGAUGAAAGACUGUUGGCAUGCCAUGUCCUCACAGAGACCCACAUUUAAACAGCUGGUGGAGGACUUGGACCGUAUUCUUACAUUGGCAAGCCAAGAAGAAUACAUUGACCUCUGCGCCCCAACAGAGCAGUACUCACCAAGUUUCCCGGACACACGGAGCUCCUGUUCCUCUGGAGACGACUCUGUCUUUUCCCAUGAGCCCUUACCGGAUGAGCCGUGCCUUCCUAAAUACCAGCACAUUACUGGUGGCAGUAAAACAUGAGGCUUCCAGAAACACACAUUCCAGCAAGAGGCUUUAGACUCUUUAAACCAUAUUUCCUAUUUUUGCUUCCUUUCAUUGCUCGCUGCUUCUGCUGGACUUAUGAAGCAAGGGAUGCAGGGAUUCAGGCAAUGCUGCUGUCCAUACAAUGAACAAUGUAUGUGUGUGGCAAUACAUAACUUAUGCACAAAAAUGUAUACACACACUCUCGAAAAACGUGACCAAGCUCUUAAAUACAGAUUAUGGACCCAACAAUAUAUGACUGAAUGAUAAGUUAAUCUAAUGGGUUCUCUUUUUUCUGUCUGUUUUGUUUUGUUUGGGAGUUUUUGCUAUUCCAGACCAUUUCCUGACAUUCCAAGGACUCUUUAUUACUGGAACCAGCAAAACGAUGCGCACUAAACACAAUCAAGCAAGAGACCAAGUGGACUACAGAUAAAAAGAGAACAGGGAACACAGUUUAUCAGGCACACAUAAACUACCGAACUGACUACACUGCCUCUGGUUCAUUUUUAAAAUAUUAUUUUGAUAUGUUCCAUUUUUAUAUUGAUAACGUAGUUAUCAAAUGAAAGCCCAUGCAGUUAUUCUUAAAGGAUAAAAAUAAUACAUGGUAUAUUGCGCUGGGUAUAUUUGUAAAUUUAUAAAAUAUAUGUAAAAUAUAUAUAUAUAUUUACAGUGAAUUAUUUUUUCUGUGGUCUUCCAAUUAUUACUUCCUUUUGUUCCCUGUAAGUGACACUAAGUAUUCAGCCACAUUCCCAGAAACAUGUACUCUCUGUCACACACACAUACAGGGACGCACACACACACAUACACACACACAGGCACAAACUUGACUUACUCUUAAGAUGGUGACACUGUCAAGUAAUGUCAAGCAUUUUCAGGGAAAGAGCAUGUUAAUUUAUUGACCUUUAUGUUUAGAAAAUGAAUCAACAGAUAAAUGGCAACAAAUAAUGGCAUAAUAAUGACAAUGAAAUAAGUAACAAUUCAUAUUGUUUAAAUCUUUUUUUUAAUUUAAAGAAAAACUUUACUGAGUCAAUGGUACAAAUAAAUUAGGUGAAUUAAAUAUGAAAUAAUCUACAAUCUACAAUUUUUUGCCAGAUAAUUCUUUUUUUUUUGUAGAGGAUGUUGUUUUUAACCAGCUGAUUUCAAUCUCAGUUUUGUAUUUGAAUGUAAUAAUUACUGGACACACACAGACACAAACCUACUGCAAUCGUUAACUCUCUUACAGGUACAAAGUAAUUUAAUUUAAAUCAGCAAAAGUAUUAAAAAUUGUUUGUGUUCACUUUCAUAUUUUACCUGCCAAACGAGAUGAUAUUUUUUAUCAUGUUCCUGACAGAUUUGCAAAUAAAG